GAUGUUUACACCAUGACAAAAACCGAGACGAAUCAGAUUGGAUGCUACGAAACGUCAGACUACGAAACUACUACAACCGACAUCAAGAAGAACCAAAAGUUAUGAUCGCUACAGCAACUGAAACCGACACUGACUAUAAGACGAUUACAAUACUCACAAAAAUCCAAGGAAAAGAUAUACGCAUCUUACUGGAUUCAGGAGCAACAGGUAACUAUAUAAGUCAAAAGUUUAUACACCUCAACAAAAUACCCAUCAAAACGACUGACGAAUGGACGAAAAUCGUUGGAAUUGAUAGAGAGACAAUCACCAAAGGAUACAAGAAGAAAACCAGUGGAAUACUCAUGAGAUCAGGGAAAUAUGCUACAACAAUCACGUUCGACAUUGCACCAAUGGACACUCAGUAUUACGACGCAGUAUUAGGAAUGGCAUGGCUGAAAGAACAAAACCUGAUAAUCGACUGGGCCUCCGGAACAGUGGCAGUCAACUCCAGCAUGCUAAAAACAAAGACAGAAACCAAAGACAUCGAGAAGAUAUUGAAUCUUCAUGAGGAAUCAGGGACAUCCUCAGAGAAAGGGCAAGCUGAUACCCUAAGAAAGACACGGAAGGUGACGUGGACUCAAGAA